CACCGCGCUCCGUGUUCCUGUGAUCUCGUUCCUGCGCUCCGGACCGAAUCGAAUCCUCAAAGCGAUUCGUUCUUCUUCAAACAACCAAACAUUUUUAGCUGUAAAGGAAUAAACGGUUUUGUUUCUUUUUUCCCCCAAUUGGGACAGACUGGAAAAAUAGCAGGGCACAGAGCGGAGCGUGAAAAGCGAGGCUGUUCGGAUUAUUAUAGCCCGGGACAGUGGACAUUAUCCCCAGCAGAAGAGUACGGCACUUUGACUUACUUCGUUGCAUAGUUGUCCGGUACAUUCAAAUAAAGCUGCUAUUUUGCUUUAUUGGUGGAAUACAAACGCUUCACAUUUGCACCGAGUGGAUGCACUUCUUUCUGUGCGCUUUGUGCAGACGGUAGCUGGUGAAAAGACUAACCUGUAGGAGGGUAACAAAGUAAAACGCGUUUUUAUUUCUCAAUUAGAAUAAAGCUGCUCAGGUGACGCUGCAAACCCGGAAACUGGAUGAGGAUGCGUGGUUGAAACGAGCCUGUUGAUGAAGUCAGAUCUGCUGUAGUUUCGGGGAUGGGACACGGGAUGACCCUCAGCGGUGUGCUGCUUGUUUUGGUCCCGAUGUGCUGCCUGAUGCCCGGGAACUGCGUCCCAGCGACUCUGGGCGCACUUAAAGCAGAGCGAGAGACAUUCAAGGGUGUGACGAACUUCAGCACCUUCCUGCUGGACUCUUCCACAGGGACCCUUUUCCUGGGCGCCAAAGAUGCCAUUCUAGCUGUGGACACCAACAACCUGAAGCAACCGCCAAAAAAGAUUGAUUGGGCCGUACCGGAAGAGAAGAGGAAAUCUUGCGUGGGGAAAGGAAAGACGGAGGCGGACUGCAACAACUACAUCCGUCUGUUGGAGUUCCUGAACGACGGUCGCAUCUACGUGUGUGGCACCUACGCCUUUGACCCCCAGUGUGCAUUUCUGGACCUUCCCUCCUUCACCUUGGAAAAAACAGAGGAUGGAGCAGUGAAGAUGGAGACUGGGAAGGGCAAAUGCCCCUUUGAGCCCAAUCAGCGUUACACAGCUGUAAUGGCAGAUGGCAUCCUAUACACAGCAGCCACCAGUAACUUCCUGGGAACUUCCUAUGACAUCUGCAGGGCAACGGGCCCCGAGCAGGAGCGCGUCCGAACCGACCAAUCCAUCAACUGGCUCAACGACCCAGAGUUUGUGAGCUCGGCGUUGAUAGAGCAGGCCCCAGACAGCAACCCGACCGGAGACGACGACAAAAUCUACUUCUUCUUCACUGAGAUGGCCAAAGAGCAUGAUCUGUACACCAAAGUGCCAAGGGUGGUGCGGGUUUGCAAGUCUGACGUGGGAGGGAUGAAGACUCUGCAGCGACGAUGGACCACCUUUCUCAAGGCGCAGCUGGUGUGUGAAGACAAAGCGAGUGGUCAGCGCUACAACAUCCUGACAGACGUUUUCACGACUCAACACUCCCCAGAAGACCCCAGCAGCACACACUUCUACGGGCUGUUCACCUCACAGUGGGAACCCAAUGAUAUCUCAGCGGUGUGUGUCUUCAGUCUGUUUGAUAUCAGCAAAGUGAUGGACGGUCCUUUUAAAGAGCUGAAGAAGACAUGUGAGAACUGGAACAGUCCUGAGACUGUCCCCACACCAAGACCAGGCCAGUGUUUGAACAGUGACUUAAAGGCUCAGGGAUUCGGAUCCUCAUUGAAACUUCCUGAUAAGGUGCUGACUUUUGUGAGGGAUCACCCUCUGAUGGAGAACAGCGUCACUGCAGCGCCCCUGCUGGUCCGGAAGGGGAUUAAAUACACCACUCUGGCUGUGACGCUUAUGGGCGAGGCGGAGGACCGGAGAGGAGCCGUCCUCCAUCUUGGAACAGAUCGUGGGGAGCUCCACCAGGUGGCAGUAGCGAACCAGAAUGCAACUUUACUUCAAGAGAUUCCUCUUUUCUCACCCCAAGAGCCUGUUAACAAUAUAAUAAUGCAUCAGGGCCAAGCGCUGGUGGGCAGCCCGCAGUCGGUGGCUAAAGUCCAGACUGAAGGCUGCGCUCUGUACUCCAGCUGUGAGGUCUGUGCCAGAGCCAGAGGAGUUGGCUGUGAGUGGAGCGCAGAGGACAAAACCUGCAGAUUCACACUCACAGAUCCCGGUUCAGGUGACGUUGUGGAUGAGGCCUUAAAAAGCUGUGAUUCUCAAGCGGGACGAUGCGAUCCAUCCACCAAGGUGCUGAAAGUCUCCCCUGGGCUGCAGAUCCUGUUGCCAUGUGUCCAGCUUUCUCCUCGGCCUUGCAGCUGGGAGUAUCCUCCCCACAGACACACCAGGCAGCACCACUCUGACUUGGCGGUGACCGUGACAGAGGACAACCUGGGGAGCUACGUUUGCACAUGCCUGGAGGGAGGACCUAACGUCAGAGACCCGACCCCCUGCCGGCGAGCGGCUUUUUUCCUGAACUUGGAGGAACCCAAUGCUAGAGGAUCAUCUGCUCUGAAUGGAAACCGACAUCACUUAGCAAUCUAUGUCCUUUUAUUCUUCUUAGGUCUAGUAUGUGGAGCUAUUCUCCUCUAUGUCUUAAACCCGUGGAAAAACAGCACCCGCUCUGGCAAUCGCGCUCCCGAUAACUCGUUGUCAUCGGGAAAGGAGCAGAAAUUGCUGUGCUCUUUGACAACGCCGCAGUCCCAAAGCAGCUCCAGCCUGGUGUCGGACGGAUUCAGGUCGUCCGAAAAACAAAACGGCAAGACGACGUCAACCACGGCCACUACGCUGCUCAGCAGUCAGGGUAACGGUGGCCCCCAUGCUAACAGCUACAGCGGCUCCAGGAUUAGCAGUAACACGAGCAAUGGGCAUUCUCUGUACAGCAACUGCGACACCAGUGGCAGCGGGCUGAAGCUCAACUCUGAGAUCCUAGUAGCGAACGCGCUGGGGGGCAGGACGGGGACGAGGGACUGGGGGCGGCCAGAUUUGGGAGAGAAGGAGGCGGGGGAGGGAAAUGGAGUGGAUGAAUUGCUGGGAGCGAGGAAGAAAGGACUAGAGGACGAGUUCGUCAGUUUGUCAGAAUUUCAAGCUCCACUUGCUCCGUGUGAAGAAAGCUCAAUAUGAAGGAAAACAUUCUGCAAUCUGCAAAUAAACUCAAUGCCACUUUAGGUACUGCUAAAUGCCUUUGAAUGGGAGCUGUGGCAUGAAGAGAGAGACUAGGGAUCUAUGAGAAUAUGAGUCAAAGUCUCUUCAGAGGACUUCUAUGAAUGGACUGAAGCGCACCAUAAAAAAUAUAAGCGUGUGAUACACCACUCUUGUAACACUCAGGAGAGCCACAGCUUACAUUGUUUGGAUAUAAAUCGCAAAUGUAAAUAACUGAGAUGUGAACAUAAAAGUCAGUUGUCAUGUAUUUCCAAUGUUAGCAGGAAAUAAAAGAUGAAAUGCCUACAUGCGUAGACGUGGAAAAGCCAUAUUUUGUUGUCGUACUGUCUGUCAUUCACCUGUACCGAUGGAACUUCAAAAGGCAAAGUGCACUUCAGUUGUAGCUCCUUUCUCUGUAACUAGGUGUCGCUAAUUCUCUCUCUCUGUGGUCGCACCGUUCAUACCGCACACCCUGAUGGAUCCAAACGCACCAAAGGACUGCUGAGCCACGCAGGGCCCAGUUCUGGCACCAGUCUGGGCCCCAGUGACGGAGAGAUGUCGCUGUCAGAGACUAAAGAACCAAAGACAGGACUGUUCCUGUCAACAUGACUGUUGUCCCCAAGAGCUUCACAGAUUCAGGGUCAGAUUCCUGUCCGGGUUUGGGAGCCGACCCGCUUUCCAGAUUAUCGAAACAAGUCGAACGUCUUUCAAAUGAUGUCUUAAAGAUUGGACCUUUUUUAACUCAGAGCCACCGUCACCUCAUUCUGUAAGUGGAUUUCAACCUAAAUGUCUUGUUUUUUAUGUCAUGUGUUUUAUAAUAAAAGAGUGGUGUUGUCAUUGCA